GCAGACCGCAGUACCCUGCCCAAGUCCCCUGCUCCCUCUCCUCGCCUUCCCACAGCAACCGCCGGGCUCUGCCGCAUCGCCGCCGGCGCCGGCACGGGCCGCCGAUAGGAUGGUGGGGCUCUCGGAGGGGGAGAAGCACUUCAUCCGCGGAGGCAUCGCGCAGGACCUCCGCGCCGACGGCCGCACCAAGCUGCAGUUCCGGCCCGUCACCGUCGAGACCGGGGUCAUCCCCCAGGCGAACGGCUCGGCGCGCGUCAGACUCGGUGCCACCGAAGUCAUUGCUAGCGUCAAGGCUGAGUUGGGGAAACCAACUGUUCUUCAUCCUGACAAAGGAAAAGUUUCCAUUUAUGUUGAUUGUAGCCCAACCGCUGCACCUAUUUUUGAGGGCAGAGGUUCUGAAGAUUUGUCUGCUGAGCUCUCUGUUGCGCUGCAAAGAUGUUUACUGGGUGGUAAAAGUGGGGCAGGGGCUGCAAUUGAUUUAUCGUCCCUAAUUGUUCUCGAGGGAAAAGCCUGUUGGGAUUUGUACAUUGAUGGACUUGUGGUCAGUUCUGAUGGUAAUUUGCUUGAUGCACUAGCUGCUGCAAUAAAGGUUGCUUUGAGUGAUACAGGUAUACCAAAAGUUAAUGUUUCUCUUAAUGCUGAAACGGAUGGAGAACCUGAGGUUGAUGUCAGUGAUGAAGAAUUUUUGCAAUUUGACACUUCUAGUGUGCCUGUUAUAGUUACAUUGACAAAGGUAGGUAAGCACUACAUUGUUGAUGCCACUUCUGAGGAGGAAUCCCAGAUGAGCUCUGCGGUUUCGGUUUCAGUCAACAGGCGUGGCCAGAUAUGCGGGCUGACCAAGAGGGGAGGUGCAGGGUUGGAUCCAACCGUCAUUUUCGACAUGAUAUCUGUGGCGAAGCAUGUAAGCCAGCGGUUUAUAUCUCUCUUGGACUCGGAGAUUGCAGCUGCUGAAGCGGUAAUGGACGAGUGAAGAAAAAGAAGCAGAGAAGAUGUCCUGAUCACUACUGACUGCCUGCCUCUGCUUACCCUUGCAAAUUGCCUCGCUAUAAUGUCGAACAGAAUGCCCUUGCACGAAAGUUUCUUGGAGUUCUUUAAAAAAUAUCUAUAACAUCAAACUGCCAAAACUGCAUCCUUUAUCCCGGGCAAAAGAUUUACUUGAUUCAUCUACUUGUGACGAAGAAAAAGAAAGUUAUAGUCUUUGUGCUAUGUAGUUGGUAUGGUCUGCUCGUGAUGAUUGUCUACAUGGUAAAUCUCAUGUUAAAAUUUCACAGGCAUGUAGAUGGGUACAUGAUUUUGUAGCAGAACUUAUUGUCAGCUCGAAGCAAUGUUUCAGGGGUAUCAAGGGGUCGUCCAAGACCAGUUGGCAACGAUCACGAGAAGACUUCUACAAGGUGAAUGUGGAUGUGGCCUAUAUUGAUGCGAAUACGAUGGAAGCAAAAUCAGGAGUGUUAACUGAGAUCAUGAUGAAAGAAUUUUGGCGGCAAGCAGUACACGACAUGAUCUCAUUGCUGAUGCUUUAACAGCUGAGGCCUAUGCUUAUAGAGAUGGAGCAAAAUGUUGUAUCUUCUCUGUUACUCUUGGUUGACUCUAAACAAACUGCUGCCUGCUUUUUCAUAGAUUUAAAUGUUAAGAAAUUUGCUGAUCA